AGCCGGGAAGUUGUAGUUCUUUACGGCAGAUGCACAUCUGUAAGGCUUAUUAUUGGCUAAUAGGAAUUAAACUACACGUCCCGACGUCACGGUGUGCGGGGCCCCUCUAAAUGUUGUGAAUAUGUAAUUGCGCCCUCAAGACUGGUUGCUGCUAAAUUUAACGUCACAGACAGGGGCAAGGCUGGCACGGUUGGUUGGUGAGGUGGUCUCUCGCUUGGAUGUGAAGCGUAAAAGGAGGCUGGAGGAGAUAAACUGAUUCAUGCGCGACAACGGAGAGGAACCUGAGAUGCGCAGUGAGAUGAGCUGUGCCACGAUGCGCAAAAGUUGAUGCUCCGUAGGGGAAUUUAAGACUUUUGUUAGUUUAAAGGGCUUACAUCGAGUUGCAUGGACAGAGGAGAAAGAAAAUUAAUGGUCAGCCUUGUUUUUGUUGUCAAAGGAUGUUUCUACUUUUUACAUAAGCCGCUCUCAGUUCGCUGAGCGGAUACUGACUGACCUUUUACGCACGGGGACCUCGCUCAUUUCUUUAUUUCUUUUUGUGGAUGAACUUUACAAAGCCCUUGAAAUGAUUCGAGAUCUAAGCAAGAUGUACCCGCCGGCACGGCAUCCGGUGCCACACCAGCCGGGGCAGCCGUUCAAGUUCACCGUCACCGAGUCCUGUGAUCGGAUCAAAGAGGAAUUUCAGUUCCUGCAAGCCCAAUAUCACAGUCUAAAGUUGGAAUGUGAAAAACUGGCCAGUGAGAAGACUGAGAUGCAAAGACAUUAUGUAAUGUACUAUGAAAUGUCAUAUGGGUUGAACAUAGAGAUGCAUAAACAGGCAGAGAUCGUCAAGCGCCUGAAUGCAAUCUGCGCCCAAGUCAUCCCUUUCCUCUCUCAAGAGCAUCAACAGCAGGUGGUGCAGGCGGUUGAAAGAGCGAAGCAGGUCACCAUGGCUGAACUCAACGCCAUUAUAGGACAGCAGCAGCUCCAGGCUCAGCACCUCUCCCAUGGUCAUGCCAUUCCAGUCCCGCUCACCCCCCAUCCAGCAGGUCUGCAGCCCCCUCUGCCCCCGGGUGCCAGUACUGCCAGCCUGCUGGCUCUAUCAUCAGCACUGAGUCACCAGCUGCCACUUAAGGAUGAGAGGAAACACCAUGAGAACAACGGAGAACAUACAAGAGACAGAGACUCAGUUAAGAGAUCCUCUGUGUCUCCGUCAGCCAGUUUCCGGGCCGGAGAGAAACAUCAGAGUUCCAGUGAUUUUUCAUCUGACAGCAAAAAGCAGAAGACAGAUGACAAAGAGCUAACCUCGACCCGCUACGAAAGUGAUGGAGAAAAGAGUGACGACAACUUGGUGGUGGACGUCUCCAAUGAGGAUCCUACGUCUCCUCGAGGAAGCCCUGCCCACUCUCCUCGGGAGAACGGAUUGGACAAAAGUCGCCUGCUAAAGAAAGACGCCCCCCUGAGUCCUUCUUCCAUCGCCUCCUCCAGCAGCACACCUUCAUCCAAGUCCAAAGAGAUUAAUUUGAAUGAAAAAUCGACAACGCCUGUGUCUAAGUCCAGCACCCCAACAUCCCGUUCUGAGGCCCCCACACCUAGCAGCACCUCCACCCCUGGCCUGAGGCCUGCGCCGAGCAAACCCACAGGAGCUGAGCUGCUUGCUUCCGGUCUUCGCACACCGCUUGCAGUGCCCUGCUCUUACCCUGGACCGUUUGGAAUGGUGCCUCAUCCCGGCAUGAAUGGAGAGCUGAGUGGAGCAGGCGCCGUCUAUACCGGCCUGCAUAACAUCUCCCCACAGAUGAGCGCAGUGGCUGCUGCUGCUGUGGCGGCAUACGGACGCACACAAGUGGUGGGAUUUGAUCCUCACCAUCAUAUCCGAGUCCCAGGCCUUCCCCCCAACCUGUCAGGAAUUUCUGGUGGAAAGCCAGCCUAUUCCUUUCAUGUGAGCGCUGAUGGACAAAUGCAGCCUGUGCCUUUUCCUCCAGACGCUCUGAUUGGCCCCGGCAUCCCACGCCAUGCACGACAGAUCAAUACUCUUAGCCACGGAGAGGUGGUGUGUGCUGUCACCAUCAGUAACCCGACUCGUCAUGUCUAUACCGGGGGCAAAGGCUGUGUGAAGGUGUGGGACAUCAGUCAUCCUGGUAACAAGACCCCUGUUUCCCAGCUAGACUGCCUUAACAGGGAUAACUACAUUCGCUCAUGUAGGCUGCUUCCUGAUGGACGGACGCUAAUUGUUGGGGGCGAGGCAAGCACUUUGUCUAUUUGGGAUUUGGCUACACCAACUCCUCGCAUCAAAGCAGAGCUGACCUCAUCUGCACCAGCGUGCUACGCUUUGGCCAUUAGCCCUGACUCCAAAGUUUGCUUUUCUUGCUGCUCUGAUGGAAACAUAGCUGUCUGGGAUCUUCACAACCAGACUUUGGUUAGGCAGUUUCAAGGCCACACAGACGGGGCAAGUUGUAUAGAUAUCUCUAACGAUGGAACCAAGCUGUGGACUGGUGGUCUGGAUAACACCGUUCGUUCUUGGGAUCUGAGAGAGGGCCGGCAGCUGCAGCAACACGACUUUACUUCUCAGAUCUUUUCUCUGGGUUACUGUCCGACAGGCGACUGGUUAGCUGUCGGGAUGGAGAACAGUAAUGUGGAGGUCCUGCAUGUCACUAAACCUGACAAAUACCAACUCCACCUACAUGAAAGCUGUGUGCUCUCACUAAGAUUUGCUCACUGUGGAAAGUGGUUUGUGAGCACAGGAAAAGACAAUCUACUCAAUGCAUGGAGAACCCCAUAUGGAGCCAGUAUUUUUCAGUCAAAGGAGUCAUCAUCAGUGCUGAGCUGCGACAUCUCCAUAGAUGAUAAGUAUAUCGUGACGGGCUCAGGAGACAAAAAGGCGACGGUCUACGAGGUCAUCUAUUAAGAAAGCUGGACUUCAUGGUCAUCCUUUCAUCAGGAUGUAAAGUCUCCUAUCAUGCGUACGAAAUCCAACAAUAAAAAAAAAAAAACAAUAUUUUCUGGGAUUUUAACAUUUUGACCUCCUAUUUCUGAAAGGUUGUGGAUCAAAAUGAACGAAGCACAUAGAUUUUUCUUUUUUAUCUUUUUUAAUUUUUAAGCAUUGUUAUGUUGAUGUAAUUAAUAAUGUUGUACACUUCUUGCUGGAUAAGAUCUCCUCAUGUAACAUUUAAUGUGCAGUAAGCAUCUCACUCUUUUGAUUGUUUACAUUAUUUUAGGUGGCCUAAAAGGCACUUCCUUUAUAACAGGUUGCUAUUGCUAUUUCUGUAUAGUUCCCCUCACUGACUGCACCUCCAAGAGUUGACAGAUGCCUUCAAGGCUUCAUGACAGAGGGUUAGCAACUGCAGACAAAAAAAAAGCCUUAAGAUCAUGAAAUAUGUUACUGAAUAAAAAAAAUCUAACCUGUAAUAGCAGUUUGUUUAAUCAAAAUCACUGAUGGCCCAAAUAUUGGUCCACCUUAUGAUAUUCACAAAGGAUAAAUCUAAUAUAAAUGAACUAGUAAAAAUACUUUCUGUUUAUCUGCAUAUCAAUAGGACUUAUUUCUUUUAACCAUUGAAUACUAGGCUGUCUAAGGAUCCAUAUUGAGCAUAAACACACAGCAGAGUAUUGAAUACUAGAAAAUACACUCUUCAAUGUGCACUUUUGGAAAACUGUAGCAAGGCAUCAUGGUGGUCCAUACGAGCACAAUGACUUAUCUGCCCUACCAUCACAAAAGCAAAUGUCUGGUAUUUGCUAAACUCUAUCGAGACUUUAAUUGGAACCAGUUGCUUUUAUCAGAUAAGACUAAGCUUGAGCUUCUUGACCACAAACACUUCAAACGGGCUUGGCAUUAAAGAAAGGGUGGAUCUAUGUACUGUAAAAGCACCUCUUGCAUCUUGUUCAAUUCUGUGGAGGAACAGUGGUGCUGUGUGGCUAUUUCUCUUCCAAAUAACCUUGAAACUUUGUUCGAGCUCCUUUUACAAUUGAGUUUUUGAAAAUGAAAUGGAAUUUUAGAAUUAAAAUCUUAGAGAAUCUACCAAAAAUGGUUAAAAAGAUGUCAUUACUCAGUUAUUCGGGCUUAUAUUGUUGUAGAAAUUUGUAAACACGGUUCUUUAGAAACAAGCCCCUGCCUUGCCACAAGUCUUUUAGAAAUAUGUGGGGCAAACCAAAGGAAAAGGGACCCAGGUCUGUUAUUUAUUUGUCAAGAUUAAGCAAAGUAGCAAAGAUCUCUCUCCCUCACUUUGUGCACCAACCUUGCGAAUCUUUCUCUGAAAAUACUUGGGUCUGACCUACUGGCAUAAAGAUACUGAACAAAGUGUCAACAACAGGAAUACAUAUAUUUUAACGUUUGUUUGAGACAAAUACUUAAAGGUGUUGUGGAGGAUUUUCGCGAACUUUUUAAAAGACUCAGCCUGUCCCCUUAAAAAAAAAAAUGCACAUGCACAACCCUGUGCAUGUACUCCCACGAGGGAACGCCUAUUACAUGUGCAAGAGCACAUUUCUCCUCAUGCACGCUAUGUUUUAAGUUUUUCGUUCUCAUAGCUCAUACAAGCUUACUGUGUCCGAAUGUCCAUCCUAACCCCUUAAUCCCUCAGUCACUAUAUAGAGCGGGGCCUAUAUGGUGGACUUUAUAGUUAACUCAGUUAACCAACCGUUUGGACAGAUGAUCACUGCUUUUCGCUCCCUGUUGAUCACUAGACUCCUCGUCCACUGCGCGAUGACUGCACCAUCUUUGUUAUUAGUCGCCGCUGUUGUCCCACUGUCGCCGCUGUAACAACAGCCUAUGGCGACAGUGGGACGCUGUGACCGCAAAUCCCAUGAUGCUUUGUGAGGAGAGCUCUCCGCGCAAAGCAUUCUGGGAUCUAUCUGCCUCUUCUGAGGCCUUACUUUUAUUCUCAUACACUUCGGAAACACAUUUUCUCUUACGACCCUCAGCUAUUUUCAAAGAACUGUGGUGAGAAAGGUGAGCUUCAAUAACUGUCUGAAAUCAUAGCUCACCACAGGUAUAAGCUAGGGAUGGGACGAUUUAUGAAAACCGUCAGAACCGUUCGGUUUGACUGUCUCAGUUCGGUUCGCGUGUGUUUCGUUCGGUUCAUGCGCUGCUCCUUUUUCUCAUAGGCGAAGCGUUUACACUCCAGAGCAGAAGGUGGCAGUACUGCGACCAAAGCGAACCACCAGUAGUAAACAAGAA